ACACACACACACACACCACACACACACACACACACACACACACACAGUGCUCGCUAUAUCUCCAGAUGCCUUUACAGAAAACGCACGUCUGCAGGCUGUGUGGACUGCAUCUUGUCUUUUGAAUCACGCAGAUGUGAAUCUAUCUUUCUGUCAUCGACAAAACAAGAAGAUUAUGGGGUUUGUGUGCAAUUUCAGAGCACGUGGGAUUGGGAAGCUUAUUUAAAAGGCUGGCGGCUGUGUGAUGGAGGAGCGCGGCGGUGCUGCAUCGGAGGAAAUGAGUAAGAGGUGCAGAGGAGAUAAUCAAUGAAGACACUGAGGGCUCCUGUGCGUCUGGACAAGGUCACAGUCUAGCCUGGGUGAUAUUAUGUCCAUUCGGGGACAACAAGAACGGACUUUUUUCGCUUCCUCUCGGGGGAGGAGGUCGUAUGGAGAUGUCCACAAGAGUUUCUGUGUUGGAUUGCAGAAGCAUUGAAAAACCCCUCCAUCUGCAUCUUCAUGGUUUAUUUUUGACAACCUUCAAGCGGCAAGGGUCUUUUUUUCCCUCCUCCCUCAGCCUGGAGAUAAAGUUUCUCGCUUUCUCGACAGGGUGGGUGUUUUUAUCCAGCCGCCACUUCGUUUAACUGCACCCAGUUGAACCCAGCUGAGGUGAUUCAGAGGCUGCUGGGUGAAGGGAAAGGGUGAGCAGAAGGUGGAUUGAAUUCCAUCGGAGCAGCAUCCCAAACAGCAGCGGCCAGCUGCGUUUCUGGACUGUCACAUCUGGGGUUGUUGUCGUCGCUGUCCAUGGUGCUGAACCCGAGCUCCAGGAAUGGUGGAGACGCUGAGUAUCGCAGUCAUCGGUGCUCCCGGAGUGGGGAAAACUUCUAUAAUCCGCCAGUUCAUCUAUAACGAUUUCUCGGAGGUGUACACGCCGACCAGGACCAGAUAUGUGUACAGACCCUCCGUCAUCCUCAACGGGAACAUGUAUGAGCUAAAGAUCCUGGACGUCCCACCAAUCUCCUCCUUUCCAUCCAGCUCCAAUCAGGAGUGGCUGGAUUUGCGCUGCAGAGGUGUUCGCAAUGCCAACGCCUACAUCCUGGUGUACGACAUCUGCUGCGUGGAGAGCUUUGAAUACGUCAAGAUGAUCAGACAGCAGAUAGUGGAGUACAGGGAAGGCAGCAGCAGUGAGGUGCCAAUCCUGGUGGUGGGCACCAAGAGAGAUCUGCAGCGGCAGCGCUUCAUGCCUCGCAGGGCGGUGUCAGUCCUGGUGAAAAAGACCUGGAAGUGUGGCUAUGUGGAGUGCUCAGCCAAGUUUAACUGGCACGUCGUCCUGCUCUUCAAAGAGCUGCUGGGCAUCGCUGUGUCACGCGGCAUGCGCGGGAACCACACCGCCAUCCGCCUGCAGGGGGCGCUGCAGAGGAACCGCUGCAGCAUCAUGUGACCCCGAGAGCUCCCUCCAGCCCUCUCACCUCAGGAGUGGAGGGGCAGUGGAGAAAGAAAACUGGACUUUUGAUAUAAAUGGCUGGAAAAAUACCCUGUGGCCUCCUGCUUUACUGAGCUGAUUUUUCACAAUGAGGUUUAUUAGUCUCUUGCGCUGUAAAAGACACCCACAUUUCACACAGUCAUCCAACCACUUCCUAGUCAGAUUCUGCCAAAUGUGUAAACGCAAGGAAGGAAGUAGGAUAGAAAGCAAGUGACAACCAAUAUGAAUAGCAAAGCACAGUUCUUUUUUCUUACAUCAACUCGACGGUAACUAAUUUCAGGCUCCCCAAAUGACACAGCGACAGGUCUUUAGAGGGUUGUGUCGUGGAUGUAGGGCCUGACAGGGUGAGGCUAACAUUGUGAGACUUUAAACAAGUGGCAGCAAUAUAGAAUCUUCCUUCAUUCAGAAAGGUCAUAUCUAACAGAUUUUGAUUUGAUUGAGGGUUUAUGUUCAACAAGAUAUAAUAAAACAGAGCUCAAGUAAAUAAGCUUCACUUCCAGGGGGAGAAUUUCGAUAUGUGUAGAUAUGGUUUUUAAUUUUAGAUUCUGAGAAGUUUCCUGCAUUCUUUUUUUCCUUUGACUUCCCUGUAUUAAACUUGGCCUACAGAGAAAGCUUUUUGUUCCGACAAAAGGGGUUUUAAGGUUGUCUUGCUGCAGAAAAUGCUGCAGUCCCUAUCACGAUGUGGGCUUUAAUAUGCUCCCUCCCCCUACUCAGUGUCUGUUUCUGAAGAAUACAUUCAAUCCAGGGAACUGCAGAGCCUGAAACAAGAACCUGUACACACAUUGUGUGUGUGUGUGUGUGUGUGUGUGUGUGUGUGUGUGUGUGUGUGUGUGUGUGGGUGUGUGUG